AGCGCGUUCGCACACGCGCGCGCUCUAUAGUUUGUACAUCUAUAUUCCCAUCCGAUCCGAUCCGAUCCGAGAUCCGAUCUGACCGUCUUCGUGCUUUUCGCCUGCUUCUCGCUCUCUCUAAUCAGUUGGCCUACGCUUUGGGUCCGCGUACUUCGCGGCUAAUUUCCAACUUAAGAAGUGAAAAACAACAAAAUCAGGCAAAUAAUUGAGUAAUUAAAGUUAAACUGCAGUAAACUCAACUUAAUGAAACUAAAGUGAUUAUAACAUGCAAGCAAUUUGAAAAUCUAAUAAAGUGCUCAGGCCAAAUCUGUCAAUGUAAUUGUUUGCCUAUCUGUGCAUGUGCUCAAAAAUCAACCGAUCAAACUGAAUCCACAGUACACAACCAAUAAGGUCAUAACUCAAAUCUGCAAAAAUGGCCUCGACAGCCAAAGCGAAUGGCACGACAGCGAAGACAGCAACCAUGGAAGAUGACUACAUAACGGUAGUGGAAGUGGACGAUCCCACGUCUUCCGCCGAGGAUCGCCUAAAGAAGCUAGUCAAGCGGCAGAGCUCCGUGGCGGAGGAUUCCUCGUUCAUCACAGUGCUGACCAUCAACGAGAUGGAGCUGCUGCAGCAGCGACGCCAGGAGGAGGAAGCUGGAAGUGCCCCAAUCCCUAUGAAGGAGGAGCAAAUAGAGGAUGUCACAGUGUUCCGAUUGCCGGGGGAACGUCUAGGCUUCGGCCUUAAGUUCCAGGGAGGAACACGGAGCACAGAACUCGUCCAGAAGCUGUACAUACAAUCCUGCGCCGCCGACAGUCCCGCCUCCAAAGUGGCCACCAGUUGGGGAAUCCUCCGCGAGGGCGAUGAGAUCGUCAGUAUCGAUGGCCGGGAUGUCAGGCAGAUGACCCGCAUCGAUUGCGUCCGCGGACUCAAAGACAAUGUGGCCAUUCAGCUGGUGGUGCGCAAUGGCCACGGACAAAAGCCACCCAGCGAAGAGGAUCCGCAGCAGCAGCUGGAGCAGCUCUCGAUCACCCUGAAUGCCCAACCACCGCCGCCGCCACCAGUGCCACCAAGGAAGUUGGUGAGGCGACAAAACUCCAAGGAGAACCAGGCACAGCUGGUCAUCGAGAAGCCACUGACCCCGCCACCGGAUGCCGAGUACUACCUGAACCUACUCACCGAGUCCAUCAAGGCUGGCUCCGAGUCGGACGACACCGCCAGCACCAUUUCCACCGUCAUCGACAAGUUCUCCAUGGGCUCCAACUACUCCUCGGACAGCAGUCUCAAUGGCCAUGAGCUGGCCAAGGUUCUGCAACCAUUCACCCUGCUCGAGCAGGAGUUUCUGCCCUUGGAACAGCCCCUGGGGCAUCCCAAGUUGCUCAUUCCCGGCAACAACUACGAGAACGUGGAGUUCAAGACGGAGAAGGUCAAUGUGUACGAGAACGUGGAGCUCAGAAGUCCGGAAACGACGCCCACGCCAAAGCCCAGAGUCCAGUUGGCCACCGUGGAGCCGAAGAAGCGAUCCAUCAUACCCAUGCCACGGAAAAUCCCUGCACCCAGUAAACUGCCCAUCGAGGUGACUCCGCCGCGUGUGCCCUCCAUGGAGGAGCCCAAAACUCCCACCAACGAGCAGCUGGACUCCCCCACGACACCCACAAAUGAGAUCAGGGAACCACCCACCAGUGCUACCAAAAUACCUAAGGCCAAGUUCUCGCGGGCCAAGACAGAGGGCGAGAUCAAGCUGCACUUGCAGCCCACGAAACAGCAGUCUCCGCAGGGCAAGUCCCGCAUCCCAAUAGUCAGCAGCCCCACUCAAAAGCCAGUGCCCAAGCCGGUGUCACCCACGCUGAAUGGCACUCCGCCCAGCUCAAACAUCCCACGACUGUUGCAGAAGCAGAAAUCCGAAACGGAUCUCAAGCUGAACUUGUACAGGAGCAAGUCGAAGGAGUCGAGUCCCAGGCCGCCUUUGCAGAGAGCCAACUCGGCAGAGGCUCCAGAAAGGACAUUUAUCCCGGUGCUUUUGAAUGGCAGUUCGAAAAGCUCAAACUCCCUGGAGAGCAUCAGUUCGAACGGAAGCAGCAGCAGCGCCAACAGUGGAAGAUCCCCCAAGGGACCAAAGCCCAAGCCGCCAGAGCGGGUGCAGUCGCUGCAGAAGACCCAAAUACCCAAGCUGCAGGCACUUCCAACCACACCGCCCCAACAAAUUCCCAAGCCGAGCAUGCAGACCUUCAAGCAGAGCCCACCCACGCCCAGGUCAACUCCAGUGGGCACCCCAUCGCCAACAAGCAAUCGGGAGAUACGCUUCAAGAUUCAGACGUACGAGAGCAAGGCCCAGGACGAGGACAAGCUGCCCAGCCUCUUUGACCUGGUGCACAGCCAGGACAAGGACACGGGUAAGGAAAGUGAUUCACUCCAGAGCCACAACAGCAUCACCGCCCUCUUGGCGGCCGCCGCCGCCGAGGCCGCCGAUCUCUCGCGGGAGUCUCCUCCGCCGCUGGUCGUUGGGAAAUGCAUGAAGAUCGCGGAUGACAGCAACGCCACCACCUGCUACUCGAGCUCCAGCAGCGGAGAGGAGGACGAGGACGAGCUGGAUGCCGCCAACAGGGAGUACGUGUGCGAGGAUGGCGAGAAGCUGGGUCCGCCGGAGCUGAUAAACGGACCCGGCCCCUCGGAGGCCUACUUCAACAUGUUCUGGCACUCCAACAUGCUGCCCACCAUCGGCGAGGUCGAGGAGGAGUUCUCCUCCCUGGAACCGCAAUCCCUGACAAAUGGAAACAUUGUCAAAUCAGAGGAGCCGAAGAAGUUACCCAAAAUGGAAGUAAAUGCUGGUGGACUGGCCCAGCUGGCUGGCGAUAAGAUUGCUGACCAUGACGCAAGUGCAACGACAGUGGACAGUCGCAAUGAGACCACAACGAACCAGACUCAGGAGAUCAGCUCCAGUAGCUCUAGUUCCACGCGGAGCCAGAGGACCACCACCACGACUCGAGUGACCACCACCAAGACCAGUUCGUCCAGUAGCAUGUCGAGCAGUUCGUCCACCCUCAUCCCAGACAUUGCCUUCAAGCUGCAGCCGUAUGAGGAAAGGGAGGAGAUGUACUCGGAACCCAUUACCACGGUCCACGAAGAACGACGUGUGCUUAGCGAGCAGAAGACCCUCAGCGAACUGAGGACCCGGGACGCUUUGACCGGCGAGGAGCAGCUGGUCACCAGUGCCAAUUCGAAAUCGAGCAGCGCCCGCUUCAAGAAGAUCAGCAGCAACGACAACCUGCUCGACCUUGGCGACGAGCAGGACAUGCAGGAGCAGCCGUUGACCGCCACGAUCACCCAGGAGUCGAGUCUGAGGGAGCGGUUGGAGUGUCCUCAGGAUAACCAGAGUAUCGAGCGGGGUACUCUGACCCUAUCCGAGCGGGGAAAGCAGCUGAGCGAGAUCGAGGGACUCACCACCUACACGGAGUGUGAGACGAGCGAGAAGGAGUCCUACCUGGAGGCCCAACAGGUUCUCAAUGGUGCUGCGACUCUGGGUUCCCCAGAUGAGAACGGCGACCUACCCACGUUCGAACGAGAACUCAGCGAAACCCUCACGGUGACAAACGACGGCGAAAAGCAGGUCACCAAGAAAUUGGAGCAGAGCAAGGAAAUCGCUGGAAAGAAGGGCGCCAAGCUCCUGAAGAAAACCGACGAGGAGCGACGCCUCGAGCAGGAGGCCCAAAAGCUGAUCGAGAGCUACCAGAAGGUGAAGAAGGAAGCGGAGAAGCUCUACAAACUUGAACUGGCCGACGACGACCAGGGCUUUGAUCUAAGCGCCUUCGAGCAGGAGGAGAAAGAGGAUAAGUCGGAAGUCUUUGAGGAAGUCAAAACGGAGGUCAAGGAUUCCAAGCCAAAAGAGCCCACAGUCCAGCAGGAUAUUUCACUCCUAGAAGAGGUUAAUGUCGCUAGCCAAGAGAUGAAAAAAGUGGUUGAAGUCUCACAUGAAGAAGUCAAAGAGAAUAUCCAAGUCACACAUCAAGAAGUCAAGGAAGAGGUCAAGGUAUCACAUCACGAACUUAAGGAAGUCUUGCAGAGUGAAGUGAAAGAAGAGGUCAAGGCACUCGAUGAAGUCAAGGAGGAGGUUAAGGUUUCACAACAGGAAGUUAAAGAAGAGAUUAAAAAAGAGGCUGUCAAAGUGGUGCACAAAGAAGUGAAAGUGAUUCAAGAAAGUGCCCAACUCACAGGGACAACAAGUCACAAGGAGUCAACUAAAGAAGUCACCAAAGUCUCCAAAGCAGAAGUCGCAGUUUCCAAGACGGAAGGCGGAGUUCCUGUCAAAAGUACCACCACAAAAGUAGAGAUCAUCUCGCCGCCCAUAGAAGACGACUUGGGCUAUGUCCUGCACAAGCACAUUAUUCUUCCCCAGGAGGAGGUCAAGAAGGCGCCUACGCCAACGCCACUGCCGAAGCCCAAGCCCAAGCCUCCGGUGCCCACAAACAAACCCAAAAUGUCGGCUAAUUUGACCAAGCCGAAGACAGCACCCCCGCCAGUGCCCAGUAAAAGGGGUGAGGUGGCCGGAGCCGGUGCUAAGCCCACACCCACCCAAAGACGCAGCAGCUUGGAGACCCCCCAGCUGCCCACGCCCCUGGAACGCAUUAUCGUGGGCGUGGAGCAGCGGGGGGAGCGGCAGGAGCGGCAGGAGCGGGAGGAGGCGGCAAAACCCCAGCCAAUUAUUAAGCUGGCCAGCGUGGACCUGCCAAAUGUGGCGCCCAAGGCCAAACAAGCGGCUGCGGAAACGAGUCCCGUGGUGGAGAUGGCACCGGAUGAGCUCCAAUUCGAGAGCCACCAAUUGCCGGAUGAUGGGCAAGGCCAAAUGGACUCGCACAUGGAGUCAAGUGACCUGCUCAGCGGGUCCUCCUCCUCGUCGGUGACCACGCCCAUAACAACGCCAAUUUUGGUGUCGGCCACCUCGUCGAUGGACUCGGUGCAAAGUGUCAUCGAGGUCGUUAAUGGCUUGCCCAUCAUCAGCAGUCAGCAGACUGACGACGACGACAAUGACGAAGAUGGAGCGGAUGAUGAUGAGAUGCACUCGGGGACCGAGGGACCAAAGGAGGUUAAUCCCGUCGAGGAACUAACUACGUUGCCGCUCGACAGAGAACACGAAUCAGAUCUUGGUACCCUCAGCAACCACAACAGCAGCAUCAGCAACAUCAACGCUAGUGGCAACAUCCCGGCAGCAACUUUGAUCAUCAACAGCGGCAGCGGUAGCAAGAAGACAACAUUUGAGGCGGCAACCACAAGCAAACCUGCUGCACCACUGAACCCCGGCAAAAUGGAGCUGCUGAGCAGCACCACAGCUACAGCAACGGCAACAGCAACAGCAACAACAACAGCAACGACAACGACGACAGCAACGCACCACCUGCAUCAGGCCACCACCACAAAGCAGCUGCUGGUGCAGGAUUACCUGAGCUACGCCGCACCACCCACAUACUCCCGCCUGCCGCCCGACGGCCAUGAGUUUCCGCCCAACUUCAGCGAGCCACUGAUCAUGCACGGCCACCCACUGAAGGUCACCACCGAGCUGAGCUACGAGAUUCAGGGUGGCAAGGAGGAGACCUCCGCUGCCCCGCCGCUGCCCAAGACGGGACCGCCGGCCACAGUUCCCAGGAAAGUGUACCGCCAGGACUUGGUCAUUAACGUGGAAGCGGCACCCAGUUUGGGCCGGGACUACCAGAGGUCCCUGAGUGGGGUGGAUUAGGAGUUGGAGGGAGUUGCUCCACGCAAGCCCAGCGAUUGGCGCAAGGAUGAGAAGUCGGAGAAGUCGGUGCGCGACAAGAUUGCCAUGUUCUCGUCCAACAACGAACUGGAUGCCAUACCACCAGCUCCGGCCACAGCGCCCAUUUCCAGCUCCUUUUCCCGAAAGCCCCUGAACAGGAGCAGUGAGAAUCUGCUGGACAGCUGUUCGGCGUCCUCGGCUCCUGCGCUGAAAACCCGCGCCAUGAGCGUGGAGAACCUGAACGAUGUCCAGCGGCAAUACCAGUUGGCCAAACAGCUGCCCCAGUUGCAUGUGGCCGACUCCAUGUACUCCCUGAACACGGCCACGCCCACCCAGAGCUACGCCUCCUUGCCGAGGCGGAGCCACGGCGGAUCGUACUCGGCGGGCGUGGAGCGGAGGAUCAGUUUCUCGGGCGAAGGCGGUGAGGCGGCCAACCGAAAGGCUGCCAUUACGAACAUCCUUGAGCAAAGGAGGCGGAGUCUGUCGAAGCUGCGCGGCCUGGUGAUCCCCGAGAGACCCCAGUUGCUGGAACCCAUCCUGGACCUGCCGGAGAUCAAGAGCCAGGUGAAGGCGGCCAGCGGGGAGGACAGUACGGACAGUGGCUUGGGCGAGAGCCACCGCAGUACGGCAAGCCGAAGCAAUCAAGUGGCUGCAGGCAGUGUGGGCAGCAACUAUCGCAGCAUCUUCGCCAGCGGCCAGCGGAGACCGCUGGAGCAGCAGCUCUCCCAGCCGCCAGCCAAGCCGCCCCGGACGUCGCUGACACCGCUCCAGCCGCGCACCAUGAUGAUGCCGCCACCACCGCCGCCCCUGGACCAGGAAAGCGACACGGACUCGGUGUUCUCGCACACGGCCCGCGUGGCCACUCCGCCGGAGAAGUUCGCCCUGACCAGGACGCUGAGCUCCGAGACCAACACUUCGAUAGCCAGCUCCAACACCUCCACCCUAACCUCUGGCUCCUCGGCCGGCUCCCAGGCCAGCUGCAGUUCGCUGGGCAGCACGCCCGCCCUGGACCUGACCCGCCGGGUGUUGAAGAGCCAGGUGAGCGGCGGCGAUCCCGCGGCCCUCUCCACUCGCAAAAGCAUCCUGGCCUCGGCCAAGUGCCGCAGUGCCAAGAGCCGGGGUCAGGAGGACGACAACGACAGCACCGACGGCGAGGCCUGCUCCCUGGCCAACCGCAGAAUGAAGCCCGUUUCCAGCUACAAGCUCCAGCAGCAGCAGCAGCAGUACCAGCACCAGCAGCAUCAUCAGCAAAUCCAGCUGGGCAAGCAGCUGGUGGUGGACAAGCUGAUCAACGUGGCCGCCUACGUGGAACUGACCUCGGACACGGACGACAGCAGCCGGCGAUCGGACACGCCGGCCAAGAUCAGUGCCAUGUUCAUCGACGAGGAGCGCAAGGCGAGCUUCAAGGGAGAUCCCGGCCAGCAGGCCAAGCUCAAGGUGCCGGAGGCGAAACCCCUGCCCAUGGUCCUGCCCUCGCCGAAGAGGGAACCACUGAAGCAGCAGACUACCGCCGAGCUGCGCGAGAAGUUCGAAAGAAGUGCUGCCGCUCAGGCCCAAACCCAAGCGCACAACCACUCGCCGGUGAGCCACAAGAUGGCGAUCGCCCAGAAGCCGCACCACGAGCGCUUCUCCUCGCUGGACUCCCUGGCGUCCAGCUCGUCGGGCGUCAGCUCCACCACGCAGAAUGUGAGCACCACCCAGGAAACGGCCACCGAGUUCGGCAGCUUCUCCUCGCUGGGCAGCAACCAGAGCCUGAUCACCGCCCAGGACGUCCAGCAGAUCGUGGAGGAGGCCGAUCCGCCGCUGAAGACCCCCGAGGCAUUCAUCAUCGUCCUGCAGCGGGAUAAUCCCGAGAGCAGCAUCGGAAUCACCCUGGCCGGCGGAUCCGACUACGAGGCUAAGGAGAUUACGAUCCACAAGAUCCUGAGCAACACGCCAGCCGCCAAGGAUGGUCGUCUGAAGAAGGGCGAUCGAAUCCUCGCCGUCAACGGAAUGAGCAUGCGCGGCUUGACGCAUCGUGAGUCCAUCAGUGUGCUAAAGACCCCCCGUCCCGAGGUGGUGCUAGUGGUGACCCGCUCCGAGUCGCUGGUGGUGAAGGCGCUGACCAAGAAGCGCUCCUCCCUGGGAUCGCUCAGCUCGCUCAACGAGAAGCCCACGGAACUGGACUACGAGCGCAAGAGGAACUACCACAAGGCCUCUCGAUCUCUGGACUUGGACCUCGAUCUGGUGUCCAACGAGGCCGGUGGAUCGCCAGUGGCCACAACUCCCAGCACAGGUUCCGUCAGUCCGCCGCAGCCAGCCAGUCUGUACGACGAGGAUGCGGAGGCCACCAUCGCGGGAAUCCGGGCCAGGAGGCAGUUGUCCCGCGGAGAUGCCGCCAAGCUGAGCACAAGUGAGCUGCUGGAACGGGCGGCGGAGGCGAGAAAUGCCAUUGCGGCGGAGAUUCGGGCACAGGCGGAGGAUGCGGCGGCCAGUGGCGGAGGAGCUCGUUGCGUGGAGAUUGUCAAGGACAGCUGUGGCCUGGGCUUCUCCAUUGAAGGAGGCUUUGACUCACCGCUGGGAAAUCGUCCCCUCAUUGUCAAAAAGGUGUUCAUGGGUGGUGCCGCCCAGAAGACCAACCAGGUGCGCAAUGGCGACGAAAUCCUGAGUAUCAAUGGGUCCUCCACGUCGCGCAUGACGCGAGUGGAUGCCUGGAACUAUAUGAAGCAACUGCCACUGGGACCGGUUAAGAUUUGCUUUGCCUAGAGAGGAUGGUCUAAACACAAUGCCAACGAAGGGGAAGAAUGCGCCACAAUUUUUUAGAUUUAAGCCAAUUAGUUUGGUUACCCCUUUACCGGUCUAACCUUGGGGGUCUUGCCAAUUCGAUGGAUCGAUGCUGCGAGCGAUUUGUUUUGCAUUUAAACGAACCUUUAAUUGUAUGCCUAAUUUUAUAGAUAUUUAAUUUAAAGUGCAAUUGUUUAAACUCUUACAACGUUUUGAUGCCCCUUUUACAUGCCCUUAACUGAUCGAUGAUUGUACAUAUAACUAAUCGAGACUAAUUUACGUAUUUAAACCUUAAAUCAUAUUGAAGCCAGCCUUUGGGGCAGAGCUAUUUCCUUAUAUACAACUUAUUAAUCCACAAAAAAAAGAUAACAAAAAACACAAUUAUAUUUUAUGCCAUAAAUUAUACGGGAACGUUAUACAUGUAUAUUACUUUAAUAAUUAUUAUUUUAUUUAAAGAACAACAAAAACAAUGUUUACGUAUACAAAAGUAUUUGCUAAAAAUAAACAUACAUUAUAUAUGAAA